UCUAAACACGAGCACCGCCUGUUCAGCUCCCCGCACAACAACAAACACGCUUUCCACGGCUGGUUGAGAUGCAAAGAAGCGACAGGAUGACUUUAAGCAUGUAGUUUGCCAAGAUAGACUUUGUAAUGUAGCCAAAUUUCGGAUAAAACGACUUACUACGGACAAAACUCCGUCGCUUUUAGGUUUUGUCAACAGGACCGAGCGGCUGUCCCGUGGCUGUCCACUCCAACGGCCUGAGAUGGUAUCUCUGGACCGCUCCCUCUCUUGGCCUCUUAUUCAUGAUGUCAAAUAUGUACAUACUCCCCUGGACUUGAGGAGUGUUUUCACUUGGAAAGGGGCCGUGCCAGCAUUGUUUGGUCACCCAGAUGGAUUGCUUCCAGUAGCAACAAGUCCUUCUUCUUCUGCCUUCAUCAGGUCCCACAUUUACCCUGCCUGAGGUGUAUUCUGAAAAGCACAGAGGCUGAGAAACUAAGGCUCAUCCCCCAGCUCCUGCAAGUCACUGUCUGCACGAACAGAGAGACGCGGAGAGAAUGAAGAUCCGAUCAUCGGUGUGAGUGUCUGGGAUGUUCAAUGGACCUGAACCACAUGCUUUUCUAAGACCUCCAGAAGCUAAAGCAGGGUGUCAUUGAAAAGCGAGUGACCCCUCAGAGCCUCCAUCAUGGCUCUGGUUCAGGCUCUGCCCGUCUCUGCUGAGCCCCACACCCCCAGCCGCAGGAGACACCCCUCCUCUUCACCCCCUCUCAACGCUCCACCCUCCACUCUGGAUCCCAUGGGUUCUGUCAGCAGCCUCAUAGCAACCCGCCCAGGACCCUACCAGGACCUCCGCUCUGGAGUGGAGCUGGGAGCCAGGAUUCGACGGCCCACACCGGGAGCCUCCUGUCUGGGCUCUGAGUCGCCUCAGGACCCCUUACUGCAGAACAUCCCCCCACUCACAAAACAGAGCUCAGUGGGCUCCAGCAGGGGGCAGGAGAAGGAGAUCGGGAAUAACGGGAACCACACCUAUCUGAACGAGGACUUUGUAGGAGACUGGAAUGAUAACCAUGUGACUCCUGACAGCCCAGGGACUGAUGUAGAUGGGCCAAAAGACGGAUCAGGGUUAAAUGGGAAUAUGGGGGGACCUCCUCCAAAACUGAUUCCAGUGUCAGGAAAACUUGAGAGGAACAUGGAGAAAACUGUCCUGCGGCCCACUGCUUUCAAACCCGUCAUUCCCAAAAAUCGUACCUCCAUGCAGUAUCUUUCUCCUCGCCAUGUCGCCAACGUCUCAGAAGGCCAAAACAACCUGAACCUGCUCAGCCCCACCCACAGAGAGACGUCGCCUUCCAGCUCAGAAAAAUGCAGCAUGUACAGCCGGACACGGAACAGCGGCGGCAGCAACCAGUCCUGUCAAAUGACCGACUCUGGGCGUAACUCCCUCUGCAGCCUCCCACCGUACAGCAGCGCCCCCUUCAGUCAGACAUCAGGAGAGACCACUGCUGGUCACCUGGAGCCCUUGAAGGGCGCGGCACCUGUCAGCACGCAUGGACACUCAAACUCUGACAGUGGUCGAUCCUCUUCUAGUAAGAGUACUGGAUCUGGCUCUAUAAGCGGUAGAGGGCACCCUCUGUCUGACAGUGGGUCAGGUGGACGCUCCCCAGGCCCGGUGGAUGGUUAUGAGGGAGUGGUGAGAGACCUGGAGGACAAACUAAGGGAGAGAGAGCUGGAGCUGCAGACGCUCAGAGAGAACCUUGACGAGAAUGAAGCUGCUAUUUGUCAGGUUUAUGAGGAGAAGCAGAAGCGUUUCGAGCUGGAGCUGGAGGAGCUGAGGCAGAGCUGUGCCACCAGGAUGCAAGUGGCCUCUCAGAAGGCCCAACGAGCUCAGCAGGUGCUUCAGCUGCAGGUGUAUCAGCUUCAGCAGGAGAAGAAGAAGCUGCAGGAGGACUUUGCUCAGCUCCUGCAGGAGAGAGAGCAGCUGGAGGAGCGUUGCACCUCCUACGAGCAUGAGAAGAUCCAGCUGGGGCCUCGACUGGAGGAGAGCAAGUGGGAGGUGUGUCAGAAGUCAGGGGAGAUCUCGUUGCUGAAGCAGCAGCUGAAGGAGGUGCAGGGUGAGUUGGCUCAGCGGGUGGGGGAGAUUGUGUCACUGCGGAGUCAACUCAGAGAGACUCGAGGUGAGCUGACAAACACACAGGUCCUGCUACAGGAGGCCAAUGGGACAACACGUACACGGACUCUAGAGCUGGAGGUUUGUGAAAACGAGCUUCAGCGUCGGAAGAGCGAAGCAGAACUGCUGAGAGAGAAGGUGGGACGUCUGGAGGGAGAGUUGGUUCAUCUCAGAGACGCCUUAGCCAAUCAGGGCCCGGGAAACCGACAGUGUCAGGUGUUUCAGGAGGCAGAGGAACAGCUGCUCGCCUACGAGAGUGACGAGGCCAAGGCCCAGCGGCAGAGCAGCUCCGAGGCGCUGCAGAACAUGAAGGCGCAGAUGGACAGGAUGAGGGCGGAGCUUGCCUUCGAGCGUCAGCGGGCGGAGCAGCAGAUGGGGAGCUUUGAGGAGGAGCGCAGGAUAUGGCAGGAGGAGAAGGACAAAGUGAUCCGCUACCAGAAGCAGCUGCAGCAGAACUACGUGCAGAUGUACCGCAGGAACAGAGAGCUGGAGCAGCUGCUGCAGGAGCUCAGUCAGGAGGAGGAUGAGGGCAGCGGCAACGAGAUCAACUUUGACGAGAUCGCUGCCACAGAAAUAUGACCUUUGUAUAUGUUUGUGUUUGAUUUGCACUACUGUCAGCUUCGUCUUAUUUUAUACACUCACUUCACAGAUCUGAUCUCCUCUGUGCUGUCUGGAUGAAAACACAGGCUUCCAACAGGCGUUUGGCCAAAAAUAUACUUGCUGUCUGACCCCUCAUUCACAUAAGUCUGGCCAAGUCAUGAAAUUUAUUGUAAAUAUACUUGAAUAUGCUCCACCUCAAAAAAAACCACCAUUAUUCAACAUCAGAUCACCUCAGACUGAUAGUGAUUAGAACACACUAUCUUCUGUCUCUCUGAUUAAAAAAACUAAACAAAUACAAAUACAGCCAUUGACACACUCAGCUGAAAGCCACCAGUUUACAGGAUUACGACUUGAACCCAAACACUGAUCCGUUAGUUUAUGUCAACCUCUUAAGCGGAACUGGUCUGUCUCAGCUGGUUUGACGGACAUGUUUGUGGCUGUGUAGUAAAAAUGACAUUCAAGAGAUGUGGAGAAUUAUCAGCUCUUCACAGCUUUCUACCAUUGUUAUUUCUGAUGCGACCAUGUCACAUUCACAUCCCCCGUUUCUACACUCUCCUACACUCUCACCAUGUGCAUACUGCUUCCCACAUCCAUGUCAUACUAACUUUUGACAACAUGGAAAGCCAUUGUGCCAAACUGAUACAGGAGAUGCAUGGCAGCCAGCAUAUGUUUGUGUAGACGUAGUUAACAGCAAGUAUAUCUGUGGCCUUAGAAUUCAUCCUGGGUGAUAUGAUCAUGAGUGGGUGGGUUAAAGCACAGAUGUUCACACUUGAACCAUCAUGCAUCUCCAAAUUAGUUUUGUUUUCCAGUCACACUGUCCUGCUUUAUAUGCAAAGAAACACAGAGUAGUCACCUUCAUUAGACUGUAAAACUUACAAACUGUGACUUGCAGAUAGAAAGUGAGAGAGUGAGCACCAAUGUGGAAGAGCAAGGGUGAGAGAGAUCAGACAGAAGUGUCAUGGAGAUAUAAAACUUGAAACAAAGCCUGAAGUUCCUUUACUGUGUUUUAUCAGUGAGUAAAAGGAGAGUUGUACGAUAUUAUCAACAUAUCAAUAUUGGCAAAUAAAAGCUUAAGUUAAAUGUCAGUGUUGGCAGAUAUGAACAUUUCUGCCAAUAUUUACAGCUGAUAUAUUGGCUGUGUGUAUUGUUUAUCAGCGUUGAAUAGCUGUAAAACUUGUACCAUUAGGUAUGGGUGGUUGCCAUGGCUGCAACAUGCUCAAAGAGGCCCAUGGUGAGCCCUUAACAUUUUGAAUGAAACUCCAAAUGUAAAACCAGACUAUCUACUCUUCGCUCCUCUCUCAGCUCAUCCUGACUCAGCCUCUGCAUAGGAGACACUUGGUGUUUCUUGGUGUUUCUAUUUCUUUGUUCAGAAAUAUCAGCAUAUCUGAUAACGGCAAAAAUCCAAUGUCAUGUUUCCCUAAGUAUACAUGACGAAAAUGUAUAGAAUCCUCACUGCCCUGCGUUUUUAUGAACCAUGGCAAACAGCUGAUGAGUCAGAUCUCUUGGAUAUUUUCCGUGUUCCCUUUUGGUGUCUACACCUGUACUUCAAGGUGUUCAUCUGUUCUGUCAGAAGGGACUGGGGUCAAGGCUCUGUUCCAUUAAGACUCUGCAUUUUUUUAAAACCAGAAAAAUGACUAUGUUUUACAACUAUCAGGCCUUGUUAGUCUUGUAAAAUGACAUCAUAUCUCUAGUCAAGUCCCAUCAUUUAAAUCUUAUCUUGCAAAGUUUUGAGGAUAACUGAAUUGCCAGCAAGUAAGUACUGAGCACAUCCACAUUGUACAUCAAUUUAAACUGAAGUGCAGCACCUUUAAGGGUUAAAACUCUUUCAAUUCUUCAUUCUUAACAUUUAAACACUGAUCCAACGUUCAAAUCUGUGAAAACUGGCAAAUAAAAAGAGCUAGUUAGCUACGUCAAAGAGGUGGCACAAGGUUAAAUUAUGUCGUAUUUAAGGAUGGGUUGGUAAAUGGUAAAAUCAGGGGAAGGUAAAUAAAAAGUUGUAAUGAUAUAAUCAAAUAUUGGUUAAUAAAAGGCAAAUUGAGGUUUGGUUGAAAAACUUUAACACAUUUUGCUGUGUGGGGAUGAAAUUUCUACAGCCAAUUAAAUAUUUUUUCUGUAAUAGUAGAAAAGUAUCAAUAGUGGGAUCAAUAAGGACUCAGAUUGUUAAAGAUAAGGGUAUCAGUAUCACUAAUAACAAAGGAUCUCCAUCCCUAUCUGAGAUCAUUCGGGAUGUCUGGCGUAAACAGGAUAACUGUCUAUGGAGAAUGUAGAAAAAACACUGCAGUGUAAAUCAGCUGCUCUUUAGCGCCGCCUCAUUGGUCUAAUCUCUGAAGAGUCCCACAUAAAAGCCAACGACCUCCAUUAGUGGUUAGUAGGCCACCUCACUCUGCCCCCUCAUUAACGUCUGUCUUAGAGUUUAUAAUCACUAAUGACAUUUCAGCAUCCUGGCUUGUUUUCCUUCGUUUUUGUGUGAGUAACUUCUCCCACAACCUUUCACUGUCCUCCUCCUCUUCCUCCUCCUCCUGCGUUUGUCACGGUCCCUCCUCCCUGCUGAGAUUAGCACUACACUCCCACUCUGUUAGCAGUCCACUCUCAUUAGAGCUGUUAAUAUGAACGAGCCCACACGGCUGUGAAACGACAGAAAACGUGGCACUGUGCACAUUCAGCAUGUCAUGAUGAGAGUGAGUGAAUCACAGCAGGGUGCGGAUGACAGAGAGUGACGACAGUUUGUACACACUACUUCAGCCUUUAUGUCAACAGCUUCAUGACUGCAUGGGAACACUAGUUUUCAACUUCCUUGAAAAUAUUUGGAAAAAAAAAAAAAAAAUCUAGUUUUCCUACAUUAUAAGGCACAUAUUCUGCAGUUUGUAAAUUUGAAGAUUUGUAGACACAUGUAUAGGGCAGAGUUUAAAGGAAUAAAAUCCAGAAAUUAUACCCUCAUAUCCUCAACAGUGUCACCAGAAAAUUGAAAAUUAAGUGAAAACCUGAAAGUUGUCUGAACUAGCUUUAAAGCCAGCUUUAUCUUCAUAUCGAUGUGUAUCAAAAGAUUGAUUCGUGUAGAAACAGGUGACGUGGAUUUUGUAUUUUUUCAAGUUUAUUAAAAAGUGUAGUUAUCACUGCAAAAGUGAAGGGAAUAAAACACAGGGGUUUUUUUAAUUUGGUUUUUACCCUGAAAGUCUGAAAAAUGAGAAAAAAAUUUAACUUCACUGUGUAUGGAGAUGCCUGAUAGAUGCCUCUUUGGAUUUGAAUCAAUACGUUUUCCAGAUUUUGAAAAGUAAACCUUUUACAGGGAGUGAUUAAUAAUGUUUGAAGAUUUUAGGAGGUCAGAAUCCGUUUCUUAAGCCUACUUUCAGCUGUGCUGUCUGUUGAUUUACUACAUUGUCCAAACAGUCCCAAAACACCCAGAAAUGUACAUUUUUAAGCAGCUGCAUGUCAACUUUGAAACAUAAUCAUGGCAGACAGUGAAUACUUCAAUCACAGGCUCCUGCUGUUAAGAUUCAGCCAUAAGAGAGGCAAAUAAAGGAUUAAAACCUUCACAUUUGAUUGAGUUCAGUGUUGUUUUCCAGUAAAUAGAAUCAUUCCCAGGUUAAGAAGCGUGUGAAAAUCCUAAAACAACCCCACCAUGACUCAUUUAUCUGAUAAUUAGAGGAAAUGCUUUAAAACUACUCUGUGUCAGAGGUGGUUAAAGAGAUUAUUAAGAGUUGCUGAUGUGUUACUAAGGUUUAAAUCUCUGAUGGGAAUCCUGCACUGAAUGAGGCUGUUUUUGUGUAAACUACCUGACUGUUUGCCCACCAGACUUUCUUCCAUAGGAUGUGUUUCACAUGUAUUUACUUCCUCAUAUAUUUGAGCUUAAACACCUUAUUUGUUGUUUAUUUACUGCUGAUUGAGUUCUCCUCUGUAAAUAACCCCGACCAAUCAUCAGUUUUCUUCCAGAGAUGUUGGUCCAUCUCGAAUAAAUAUAAACAUAGCCACUGUGAAUAGACCAAAGCAAUGUCGCACAUGUAUUUGCUCCUGUUUCAGAUACCGCACCUGUAUAUUCAUUGAUGUCUGUGUGGAUGUCUGUUCUAUAAUUUUAUAAUCCACAAUAUUUGUAUGAAGACAUUAAAUGUAUAUUUUCAUGCUGUACAUUUCUUGAACAAACCUACUAUGUUUUUCA